AUGCGUGGAGCUGAGGGUGGUGGUGGUUUCGCCGUCAGAGGCGGUAACAUCUACUGGGGAAGAAAAGAGGAAACUGGUUUCAGAGGAAUCGUGGUAAUCUUCGCUUGGGUUUCUGUUCCACUGACCCUGUUACGAGAAUUCGUUGAUCUGUGUUCCUCUUUCGGGUGGAAUUCCCUUGUUUGUGCUGCUAAUUAUCUAACAGCUUUCCAUGAUGAAAGUGCCAUGCCAUUGGCAUUUUGUGUUCUUGAUGAACUUAUUGAGGAGCUGAGAACUAGGUCAUGUCCUGUUGUAUUUGCUGCUUUUUCUGCUGGGUCCAAAGCCUGUCUGUAUAAAGUAUUUCAGCUUAUUGAUGGAAGAUGUGAGACUGCGCUCAACUUGCCUAACUACCAACUACUUAGAAACUGCCUCUCUGGACAUAUAUAUGAUUCUGGUCCAAUAGAUGUUACAAGUGAUUUUGGCUUCCGCUUUGCACUACACCCCUCCAUUGCAAAAGUGCCUGGACCAUCAAAACUUGUUUCUUGGGUAGCAAAAUCUGUCACCUCUGGUUUGGAUGCUUUAUACUUAACUAGAUUUGAAUCCCAAGCUGCUGCGCAUUGGCAGGCUUUAUAUUCUUCUGUUAAUUUUGGAGCUCCAUUUCUCCUAUUAUGUUCUGAGAAUGAUGACCUUGUGCGAUACCAAAGUAUAUAUGAUUUUGCCCAACGACUGCGCAAUCUCAAUGGAGAUGUCAACCUUGUAAAUUUCAGUAGCUCCUGUCACCUUGGUCAUUACAAACACCAUCCAAUUCAAUAUAGAACAGCUGUGAACCAUUUCUUAGAGAAGGCUGUUACAACAUAUUCACAGAAAGUGAUGCUUGAAAGAACUAGUAUGGAUGGUACACAGGAUGAGAUAUCAGAGUUAAUCUGUGACCUGCAGAAGGUGGCAAUCAAUUCAAAUAAAAGCCUUAGAAGAGUUGCAGUUGGACCAACUGACCACUUCUUUUUGCCAAGUUCAGCAGGGAAUUACAGUGAUAGAGAAUCUGGAACUCCACAGGAUGAACAGAAAGACAAGCCUGUUUUUCUGCCUAGUCUCCCAAGCAUCAGUGCUCACAGUGUUCUUGGCCAAUUUCUUUUUGACGUUUGCGUCCCUAAGAAUGUUGAGGGCUGGGAUGUGAAAUUUUCUGGGCUGAAUGGGAGGUCAUGUGCUUCAGCUCCUAGACAUUCACUUUUCAGAGACACUAAGCGCAUUGGUCGGUCCAGAUUAUAA